GUAUUUCCUCCUCACCAUCAUGUGCUACGACCGCUACGUUGCCAUCUGCAAACCCCUGCACUACGGGACCCUCCUGGGCAGCAGAGCUUGUGCCCACAUGGCAGCAGCUGCCUGGGCCACUGGCUUUCUCAAUGCUCUGCUGCACACAGCCAGUACAUUUUCCCUGCCCCUGUGCCAGGGCAAUGCCCUGGACCAGUUCUUCUGUGAAAUCCCUGCCAUCCUCAAGCUCUCCUGCUCACACUCGGGCUACCUCAGGGAAAUUGGGCUUCUCUGGUUUACUAUCUCUUUAGCAUUUGGUUGUUUCGUUUUCAUUGUGUUCUCCUAUGUGCAGAUCUUCAGGGCUGUGCUGAGGAUCCCCUCUCAGCAGGGACGGCACAAAGCCUUUUCCACGUGCCUCCCUCACCUGGCUGUGGUCUCCCUGUUCGUCAGCACUGGUAUGUUCGCCUACCUGAAGCCCCCCUCGUCCUCAUCCCCAUCCCUGGAUCUGGCACUAUCAGUUCUAUACUCGAUGGUUCCUCCAGCACUGAACCCCUUCAUCUACAGCCUGAGGAACCAGGAGCUCAAGGAUGCCCUGAGGAAAAUGAUGACUGGAUGCUUUUCCAGUGCAAUAAAUUGCCUGGUUUCCGGUACGUAG